GGUUGUCAGGUUGUAGCAGGCGGAAAAGUUCGACCAAUCAGAAUCAUUGACGUGUGUAGUCGGCGUAGUCUGUUUAAAAAUGUCACUGUUUGAUAGAUUUACAAUGCCAAAAAUUAACAUUUUCUGUGUUUUACUUUGUGUAAUUUUUCUGUCUAGUUAUGCCUCAGGCAAGAGUGCUCAAUACGUUUCAUGUGGAUCAGUUUUCAAAUUAAUGAAUUCUGCGACGAAAGUUCGUUUACAUUCCCAUGAUGUUAAGUAUGGUACUGGAAGCGGUCAGCAGUCGGUUACUGGUGUUGAAGAGAAAGAUGAUAGUAAUUCACACUGGGUGGUAAAAGCAGAGAAUGGAAAGCAGUGCAUACGAGGGGAACCCAUAUCAUGUGGGUCAAUUAUAAGGUUGGAACAUUUGACUACAAAUAAAAAUUUACAUUCCCACUUAUUCCCAUCUCCCAUUUCAAACAAGCAAGAAAUAUCUGCCUAUGGCUCUAAUGGUGAUGGUGAUACAGGGGAUAACUGGAAACUGGUUUGUGAUGGAUCAUUUUGGGACCGUAAGCAAGAGGUGUCCCUUAAACAUGUAGACACUGACGCCUAUCUUGGAGUUUCAGGGAGGCAAUUUGGACGCCCAAUUAGUGGUCAAGCAGAGGUGGUUGGAGAGUUCUCAAUCUCUUCUACUGCUCAAUGGAUAGCAAUGGAAGGACUAUUCAUCCAUAAAAGUGAGUUAGAUUCAAGAACAAUGGGUCAUGAUCCUUCAGAACUCUAGUCAUUGGUGUGGUGAUUUCCGCACCUUUUCAACCUGUGAUUCUGUGAAGUAUUCUGUUGUGUGAAUAUUGCAGUUUGCUUAUAGAAGUGUUUUUUGUGAAGAAACUGGUUUGAAUUGGGAUCUGUAAGACUAAAGAAAUUUCCCAGCUCAAUUGACAUUUUUUAUAGAGCAAAAUUUCUAAGAGACUGAUGACAUUGUGGGCGAUAUGUUUUGAAAUGUCAAUGCUGUUCAGUGUUAGCUGUUCCUGAAUUACUAUAUUUAUUUUUACCUCCAAAGUCCUUGUCUUUCACCUAUCUUGGAGUUGUAACAUUUUAAAUAUCAGGUUUUUGUGGGAUUUAGAUCAUUGUCAAGGCUAGACAAAAUACCCAUUUAAAAUUACCCUAUCCUCUUCUCUUGUAUUUGUUCUUCAUGUAUUUAAUACUGGUACAGUGAUUGUAGGUCUAAUUCUCAACAUGCUGUGUUAAACUGAUUGAGCAACCUUUAAUUUACAUUCAAAUAGAGCACAUAGUGCAAAGAUAGUAAAUGUCUGUACUUAUUGAACAAAAAAUAAUUGAUGUAUUUUGUUCCAUGUAAAGAAAUUGUAAAUUUGAUAACAUUUAAUGUUCCAGUUUUCUGGUCUGCUUCUGACUGUUUAUGCUUAAAGUUUUUCUUUUAGUGUGUCGGAGACAUUUGCAUCUUUGUAUACCAAAAAGGUUUUAUUGAGGAAGCUUCUGAUUUCCGCAUGCUACUGUAAUUAUAUCCUCCCUUUUUCCUUUUGUACUUUCCCAAUCAAACAUUUGUAGCUACUUCGUUUACUUGUAUUAUAAUCAGAAAAAUAAUAUCAUACAAUGUGUGGAAUUUUAUAAA